AUGAAUCAUUAUAAGAAGAAUUAAAAAUUGUUAAUUCUUCUUAUCUUCAAAAUACUAAAAGAUUUUAAUUACACAUUUAACAAUUAGAAUAGAGAUUUUAAGAAAUAUUAAUUAAUUGCCAUAAUUAUAGUGAGAAUAUAGAUAAUUUUGAAUAAUCAACCCUUUAAGAUAAAUAAAAAUUAUAAGACUUAGAAGAUUAAGAAAUAUAAAGAAAAACAGAACUUUAAAAAUUAUUUAAAGGGAAAAUAAUCAAAAAUAUUUCUGAAAUUAAUAAUGGAUAAUAAAAUACUACAUCAAUUAAUUCAUCUUAAGGAUAAUAAUAAAUUAAUUAAUAAACUAAUGAAAUUUAUGAAUUAUUAGAUAAUGAUUGAUAUUUAUUAUAUUAAAAUUUUGUUUAUAUAAUUAAAAUAUAUGAAAAGCAAAAGUGAUGCAAUAGUUGUUGUACCAACACCCUUUAGUAAUAGCAAUUAUUAUUGGAUUAGACUCUAUUAAAGCUUUUGCCAUCUUCAAAAAUGAUUGGAUUAUAGCAGAUUAAAAAUACCUUUAUUAAAUGUCUAAAAAUGCAUAAAAAUUAAUCAAUAAAUUAGAAAUUUAAGAAACAUAAUACAUAUAUACAACAUCAGAUAAAAUAAUCAUUUAAACAAAAGAAGGAUGGAUUCAUAUAAUAAAUGAAGAUUUUUCAAAAUUAAAUUUUUUUCAUUUGAAUAUAUUUAGUUUUUGUAGAUUAUGCAUACAUUAAGAUCUUCUAUUUUCUAUAAAUUCUAAUCUAUUAGAAACAAGAAAUAUAAAUAGUCUUGAUAUAGAAUUUUAUGAAUAUUAAUCUGAAAUAUUUUGUACAUCUAUUAAAGUAAUAAAUUCAGAAUUUGAUUAAUUUAUAAUAAUAGUAUUAGACAAUGGAAUUAUAGAUGUUUUAAAAAAUAAAACUUAAAUACAUAAAUAUUAAUUAAGUUAAAAUAAAUAAAAUCCAAUUUUUGUAUAUGAUUGUAUUCCAAUAAUUUAAAAUAAAGAAUUAGUAAUUGCUAUUUCAACUAAUUAAUAAUCAAUAAUAAUAUUGAAAAAUUAAGUUGAAUAAUAAACUGUUAAUCUUAGUUUUAGUCCUACAACUAUAUUUUCAUAUUUUAAAACUAAAUUAAGCCCAUUAAUAGCAUUUAAUAAAAAUAGAUUUGCUCUUAUUACAAAUAAAGAAAUUUGUAAAUUUAAUUUUACAGAUAUAACUAAUUAUUACUUUCAAAAAUAUUGUUAUUUAAGUACAAAUGAAUAAAUUAUUAUUAUUGAUUUUGAUUAUUUAAAAUAAUGA